AUGAAUACCCAAAAAAAUACUAAAAAUAAAAAUGAUCAUAAUGUGCCCAGUAAUUUUGAAAUGGAGGAUUUAAAGGGUAAAGCUAUAAUAAAAGAGUUUAUAGUGGUUUCUCAAGAUAUUGUGAUCAAAGAGUUCUAUCAUUUUAUUGAAAAAACAUCUUUUAUUUAGGAAAAUUUUGAAAUGUUAUUUAAAGUUGGUGAUAAUUUAAGGUUAGAUUUUAAAAAUUGGCCAACAGCUGAAUAGGCUAUAGUAUUAUUUAAGCUAAAUCUGUACUUUUAUAUACAUAUUUUAAGGGAAAAUGGAAGAAAGAAAUCCAUAAAGUGGAGUGAAAUUGAAAAAAAGCUAUUUUAUUGGAUAGUAAUCCGAUAUUGUUUAUAUAAAGGGUUGAAAGAUAAUAGAUUAUUAGUAAAUGAUUUAUUAACUUUACAGAAAUAUGAAGAAUGGAGAGAAAUUUCCAAAAUAAUUUUAGGAAGGAAUGCUCAUCAGUGUAGAUUGAAAUGGGAAUAAAGAUAUCGAAUUCCAUUAUCUUAAAUACCUUGGACAGAAUAAGAAGAUUAAUUGUUAUUUUCAGUACAUUAGUAAGAAAAUGAUUAGAUAUUAAGAGAGUUUUAGAAAUCGGGUAGAGAGAAUAAAUGGUCCUAAAUAGCUAAGGAAAUAUUCAAACAAUCCUCAAACAAGGUAUUUAGAUAGCCAAAAUAAUGUAGAGAGAGAUGGAUAAAUAGAUUAGAUCCUAAUAUAUCUAAGUAUCAAAUAUAUAAAUUAGUGUACCUUGGGAUAAAUAAUAGGAAAUUGAUUUAUUAAAGAUGAUAUUAAUAAGAGGGAAGAAAUGGUCUGAAUUAUCUAUUCUAUAUGGUAGAACAAGAACAGAAAACACUUUAAAAAAUAAAUAUAAUUCAUUGAUAAAGAGAGAGAUAUAGAAAUAAGAGAUUAAUAGUAUUAAUCCAAUCUUAUUUGAGAAAGUAUAAAUAUUAAGAUAAAGUUAUUCAAAAAAAUAUGGCAUAUCAACACCAAUAGAAGAAAUUGAUAACUUUGAAUGCCAAUUUAUUCUGUUAGCUAUUAAAAAUUUAUAUGUGGAACUUUAUUUACAGGAAGGAAAAAUUAAAGAGGCAUAAAAAAUUAAUAAUGAUGAUUUUUUUGAUUACCUUCCUGAUGACUCUAUUUAGGUUAACACUAAUGAAAGAUUUUUAUAUAAGAAAAAAUUGAAUAUUUAAAAAGUUGAUUCAAACUUUUAUGUAAACAAUGAUCAUAGCAGUCUUGUUAUUUUUAAUAAAAGAAAUAAUCGAAUCUAUUUGACACCAUAUAAUGUAUUAGAUUUCUAAAAUAUUAUACUAAAUACUAUAAUAAAAAAAGUUAAUAUUGACAUUAAUACUAUAAAUAAUACUAAAGAAUAGGCUACUCAAUCAAAUUAAUCAAAAUUCAUUAUUGCAAAUCAAUAAAAUUGCAUAAUUCCUUGUUAAUAGAUGUUAUAAAAUUAUGUAUUUGUUCCAAACUGUUUUGGAUAAUCAUUAUCAUCCUAAAUUAGUAAUUCAUUUUGUACUUUGUAAUAAAGCCAGUAAUAUGAUUAAUUGAAGAGUAUUGAUUUAAGAUAUUAGAAAGAUAUGAUUAAUUCCAUAGGAGGAGAUAUAAAAACUGUAGAUUCAUGUGAUGAAAUAUGA